GUUGAAAUCAUGUUUUAUAACAUUUUACAAACAUACGACUGUCAAGUGUCGUCUGUUGAUUUCUCGCGUGCGGAUGAAUACAUUCGUAGUUUCCUGCUGACAGUGUGAAUAAUAAGAUCAUUCGAAUUUCUGAAAUGGCUGCUUAUAUAAGCAACAGAUACAUAUUGGUAUAUGUUUCUCUCUUUUGAAAUAGUAUAAUGACUUGAUGUUUAAUCCGUAAUCAAAGUAUUUCUAUGUUUUGUUUAUGAUUUUGAAAUUCUAUAAAUAAUCUUUGGUCACAUGACCGACAUGACUUGCUUCCCUUAUAAAUUGAACACAUGAGAAGUGGGAAUUAAUUACUCUGUAUCGAAAAUAGAGUUGUCUUUUCUUGAAUUAAUUGAAAAAUAUCGACUGGCAAACGUUCAUUAUUACGUUAAUUAAACAAAAUAAAAAAAAUAGCACCAAAAGAAAAAAAAACAUCGUAAACGUGUCACGUGAUUGGUCAUGUGAUGAAGCUCGGACCUAGCCGCCAGUCUUUGUGUGUAUCGUGGCCGCAGUUGCAGGCGGAUCCUCUGCUCUGUUCUCAAGAACUAAUGAGUUCGAGGGUCUGCAGUAUACUUAAGAAAAUGACCGAUGUGCUUUUUCAAACAAGGAUUAAUUUCGGUGUGAAGAAAUGGUUCAAGAGACCCAUGAACGGAGAGUUAACAUGUCGUCUAGACCGGAUGGAGAGGCGGAUGUCACUUUUAAAGCAGAAAGAUGACUACUCCGAUAUACAAAACAAGUCAUUUGGAAGUCCAAACUCAUGUGCGCAGUCUGCAUCAAAGACAACACAUGAACAAGCAUCAACUUCAGUAGACCGAGGAACAAAGCGAAAGUCGGCUGGCCUGGAGCCUCAGAAUCUCACCAAAAGGUUUACAGCAGAAGCCCAAAAACCACUAGCUUCAUCAACCCCAAGUCACCGUACCGAGCGACACCAGCGAUACAGAAAUAGGUCUGCCACAGUAUCUUCAACAGUAUCCUCUACCCUUAGCAUUGACCCUGCAACCUCCAACACUGCUAGUUCUCGCAAGAACCGUCGGUCGGCCAAAUGUAUCCGCGAUAGUCCGGACAACUCUGUGUUACGCACCAGUGACCCUUAUUAUGUGGCAUACUAUGAACCCCCAGACUCGGAAGACAUUGACCUGGAAUCUCGAGGGGACAUCGUCCAGGGGGCACAAAAAGAGCUGCAAGUUGAAUUACCACAGUGGCAAAAUAGAACCUACACCAAUCUGUGGGUACUGGAGGGAACAGAGAAUCUCGAGGAUGAAGUAUUUCUUAAAAGACACCAGAAGCCUGAGAUAGAAGAGAAACGAAGAAAGAGAUGGGAUCUACAAAGAAUCCGGGAGCAAAAGAUCUAUGAGAAACUUAAAGAAAAGGAGCGAGGAGAAGUGUGCACCAAAGAUGAGGGACAACAGUCUACCCUCGAGUCUUUCUACCCCAGCCUUGAUAAUAUUACACAUAUAGAGGUAACUAACAAAAUCCCUGUAAUGGUGUUUGGACAUCCUGUGCCAAAUCUAGACAAAAUGGAAUUUUCAUUACCAUGGGAACUAGAAACAAGUGCAUGUGCGCAUCCAUCUCGGUCUAGUCGGAGCAGCCGCCAUACAUAGUAAAGCUACAGACGUGAUUGAAUCCCACCAGACUACUGCCCCGGGACCCACCAGUCAUAUCAUCACAGCUGUGCUUCAUAAUGCAUCCUCAUUCAGUACCAGGUGCCACACAUAGUAAAGCUCCAGACGUGAUUAAAUCCCACCAGACUACUGCCCGGGACCCACCAGUCAUAUCAUCACAGCUGUGCUUCAUAAUGCAUCCUCAUUCAGUACCAGGUUGCCAAACUGCUCUUCAGGAAAACAUUGAGGUUGAAAUCCAGCUUUCCUUGUAAAGUUUUGACAAUUUAAAUUGAUAUAGGAGCAAACAAGUUAAGCUGUUUUAUGAACGAUCAUAUACAAAGUGGAGAGCAUUUAUAUAUAGUCUGAAUUGCUGUCUAUUGCUGAGAAAGUCACCGCCUAAGCAAUUUGCACAACCAUCUGUGUUGUGUUCAUUUACCUGUACAAAUGGUAGAUUGGAACUGGUUCUCAUAUAAAAUGGAACAAACCUGUGUGAUUUUGAUACACAACACAUCAUCUGGUUUAGAUCUGUGCGAUUAAUGUCCCUCAACGCCGCAGCGUCACAGUGCAAGUUCAGGCAUAGAGUUGGUCACACUAGAUCAAACAAUGAUCCAGUGUCAUAAAGCAAAGUACUGAAUUGUGUUAGAGGCUUUGGAAAUAUUUUUCAAUCGACCAAUUGUUACUGUGUUCAUCAUUUUAAAUGUACUGGGAUCAUUCAUUUUAAUAGAAACAAUAGCAUUGCCUGUUUCAUGUGGUGCCAAAUGUUAUAUCAAAGCCUUGUGCAAUGUUAUAUUUGAUCAUCAUUCAUCAUCAUCAUCAUUGCCAACCAUAACUUUUGACAACUGACAUAACAUAACGGUGUGUGGCUAGUGUGUACCAUCGGGUGUAAUGUUGUUUACAUUGUCGUAAAUAUCACAGUCGUGGUGCCAACUAACACUAUGUAAUAGCAUUGUACAGUAGGUUGGGGGAUUUCUUUGACCUGAUAGUAAGAGCAUGAAAUCUUAAAUGGGUUUGUUGACUUGAAGUAUUACAGGACGUAGUAAAAUCCACCUUAGUUAGUAGUGCUUUUUUUUUGGGAUGUGAUUUUUAUCAAAAGUUUGUAGUUUUGAUAAAAGAAAAAUCCAAAUUUCUUUAAAUUAGAAUUGCUAUCACAAUAAAUCCUGUGCUAUUGUUGUACACCAGACAAUUAACCAAAUGCCUCCUUAACUAACAGUAUUGAAGGUUAGCUCGGUGUGUAUUUUAUAUUUAUGUUGAAACAUCCAUAUAGAAUCUUAUAAAUGUUUUGCAGUUACUUAGUCAUGGAUGGAUACAAAAAAAAAUGAUAAAGUGGUAUGGUAGCCAAAACAUCAUAAAGUGACAGAAUUUAUUGUAAGAAUUCUAGUUCAUAUUCUUACCAUUGUGUGUGUUCUAGGCACUUUAUAGAAAUUCCAUUAUGUUUUUUGUCUUCAGAUCUGGCAGUUUUAAACAAGUGACAAUUUUGCUGAAUGAGGAAUGAUUCUGUUGAAAUGUGCAUUUUCUUUUGACUGGUUGACCAGUGAAAUAUGUACUAACCCAAAAUAAAAGAACAGAUUUUUGUACAAGUAUUGCCAACUACUGUACCAAAGAAUUUGCAUUAAAAGUAUUUGUACACGUAGUAAAAGAGAACUGUAAUGUAGUGUGGGCAUAUUUGGGUGAUGUGACUGAGGAAAGUCUGAUGGACUUGAUUUGGUAUGGAAUGGUAAAAGGGAGAUUCCUUUGUAGCAACAAUAUGGCGGUUUGUUAGUAGUGAUCUCGAUAUUUUAAAAUCUUUUCCUUGAUAACUUUGAAAUGAUUGUCAUGUGUUUUGUAAGUUUGCUUAUGCCUAGUUGUGUAUUCAGAUAAUUGUUGAAGUUUGAGAGUAUUUAAAACGUUUAUAUAUGAAAGUUUUACUUAUUUAUUUUAGAGUGACAUGAAGAGAUGAAUGUUUUUAGUCAGUUUUGUGAAUAUUGUACAGUAUGGAAACAGAUUUUAUGUUUAUUGUGACAUUUUGUUUGUACAGUACAUAUUUGAAAAAGUGUUGAGAAAUCCUGGAGAUGUCUGAAUUCUACUGGUGACUGGAAAGGUCUGUUGUCUGUCGUUUUUGCUGAAGCAAGUUCUCUUUUGAUUGUAUGCAUAUUCAAAUAUCAAUCUUUUUAUGGAUAUUAUUUGUUAGAAAUUCAGGAGAUGAAAGCGUUGUUUUGAGGAAUCGGUAUAGGAUACUUUAUGUUUGAAAGUAUACUUAGAUUUAAUCAGUGGUUCUGCUUGUUUUAAUAUUUUAUUAAUGUAUUAAUUGUUUCAUAUCUAGGUUUUCUAAUAUAAAUGGCAUUCAGUAAUGUAGGCGUCUCCUGCUGCAUGGUACACUGGCCAGUAACUUUGUAUUUAGUACAGGAUUGUAAAAUGACGAUGCCGUGUACGGGAACAUUUCCUUGUGUGGCCAUUAUCAUGGUAAAGACAAAAGAUUAGUCAUGUUGUAAUGUUGUUGACAAAUGUUCUAAGAGUAAUAUACAUUGUGAUGUUUCUGAGCCCUCAUUUAGUAGGACACACUAUAAUUAAUAAAACUCAAAAGAUAAUACAUUCAUUGUUGAAGUUUUCACAUUUUGAUAUAUUUAAACCAAUUUCCUGUUAAUUACACCCUGAAGGUAAGUAUUUCAUACCAAAUACUGUAAAAGUUUUUCACAUGGUUCUGAAUAUUUUUUGCUGUGUGCAGUAACUUUUUUUUUGGCGAAAAAAUUUGAUCUGCAAAAUUUAUUGGAAACAAAAACAUGUGUCAUGGCCACUAGCCCUAAAAUCUGCGAAAAAUUGACCAUUUGAGUAAAUGCUGUAAAAAGGGUUUACAGUAGAUCUAUACCAAAUGAGAGGAAUUGGUAAGACAGAUGCGCAGCAAUUAUGCUCACUGAGAAAUGUUUCAUAUCAGUGUAUCAUAAGUACACUUUAAACUAGCCAUGUAAAAUAUAGGGAAGACUAUGAUAAUUGCUAUCACACGAAAUGUAUUGGGUUCAUUGUAUGAGAGAUUUGUAUGUUGUACCAACAUACUUGAUUUUGAGAGAUUUAGAGUGUUGUACAAAUCUACUAUUGUUCUGGACCAAGUGCUUUGCAUGUCAUUGCCAGUUGUCCACUUAUGUAUGGGAUAUUUACAUAUGAAAACCAAUAAAACAAAAUUGUGA